CCAUACACAUUUAUUGUAGGCCUAACUACUAUAAUACUACUGAGUAAAAUGCAAAAAAUAUGAUUAAAAUAUAAGUUUUUCAAAACGAUGGCGUCGUUUUUCUCCUCAUCAAUUCCACCAGGGUUACAGUCCGGUGUUGGUGUGAUCAACAACAUUGACUCACAGAAGUUUCCUCUAAUUCUGAACAGAGUCUCUCAAUGUAUUCAGAACAAUUCAGAUGAUUUGAAACCAUUUUCAAAGGAUGAAGAGGAUAAGCUCGUGUCUACAUUGGGUAUAACCCCAAAGGAACUGAAACUUGUACUGGAUUGUUCUACUCUUAUCCUUAAACAGGCUGCAUUCAAUAUAACAAAACCAGCUAUAUUGCAACAACAGCUGACUCAUCACUUGAAGCUGGAUGAAGACAAAGCUGGUGCAUUUGUUUCUAUUUGGACGAAUCAAGCGAAAAACAUUGUUGGUACACUGAAACAAAAAUCAACUCAUCCAAACCAGGUUGAGGGUGUGACUUGGUUGUUGGAUGCAGCGGUUGGCAGCAGUGAUGGGCCAGUGUUGGAGCCUCGUGCUGUUGUGGAGCUUAAGUUGAAAGAUUCCGGCCAUCUGAGGUUAGACCUCAACCAACAACAGAUGCUUGCAUUGUACGAAACUCUUGAGGCUGUUCAGAGCCAACUAGAUACCUUAAGAUGAUUAAUCCUCAACAUAUGACAUUCCUCAAAAGUUUAUACUGUUAUAAUUUGUCUUGUAUAUAUAAUCUAUUAAACAUUAUUCUUAAAUAAUGAA